CUGUCACCUUUUAGUGAAGAGGGCCAAGGCUGUAGAAGUGCCACGCGGAGGCGCACAAACACACCAAUCAUUUGGAUUUCCAUUCCACUCUUUCGCUAGCCGCGCUCUUAUCCAGUUGCGCUUGCUUCACCGCACCCUGCUUUUAGCUUUAUUGGGUUCAGUUGGUCCUAUCUCUUCUGCAACAGACGUAAAUAUCGAGGGACUGUCCCGAAUUUCAUUUCGCUGACGAAUAGCCGACUGUGACGUGAUGUUUCUUGCAAAUUUGAAGAUGCACCGGCGGUCACUUGUGUCCAGCAAACUGCUCUUUGCGGGCAAUAGGCCGCAAACAACUGUGGCUGCAGUUGCGUCGUCUUCCAACCAUUUGAAGACUUAUGACGACAUUCCCGGCCCGAAACCACUCCCGAUCGUAGGGAAUGCCUGGAGAUUUAUGCCUCAAUUGAGUUCGUGGGACAUGACAGACUUUGUCCAGUGGAGCAGGUCUAUGAUGGAGGAAUACGGGAAAAUUGUGAAAAUUAGCAAAUUGCCCGGUCGGAGAGACAUGAUCAUGGUUUUUGAUCCAGUCGUGAUAGCCGAAGUGUUUAAAAGAGAGGGCCAGUACCCGGAGAGCUUUAAAUUUGAAUCCAUGGAGUACUACAGGCAAAAAGUUCGACCUGAUUACUUUGAGGGAUUCCGAGGCAUUUUCAACGAGAACGGGAAGAGCUGGCAAGAGGCGCGCAUGAUAUUGAACCAACCAAUGAUGAACACCGCAGUCGCGAAUCUUUACGUCCCCAAAACAGACCAAGUUGCAAAAGAUUUCGUCAAGUUAGUGAAGGAAUUGAGGGAUGACAAAAUGGAAAUGCCUGAUGAUUUUCACAAUGAAAUGCAUAAGUGGUCGCUGGAAUCAAUUUCGCUGAUUUCCUACGACACGCGUCUUGGUUGCCUGAAGAAAAAUUUGGCCAAAGGUUCCGACGCACAGAUAUUGAUUCAUUCCAUUGCUCAAUUGUACAAGCUUAUGUAUGAACUCGAUCUGAAGAUUCCUCUGUGGAAGUUUGUGCCGACAAAAGCACUGAAUGAAUUGAUUGAAAAUGCGGACAACAUGCUUACGAUCUCUCAAAAAUACGUCGAACGAGCGAGGGAAAAAGACUUAAAAACUAAAACGACUGACACUUCAAAUAUGAGCGUGUUACAGAGGAUUUUACAGCGGGAUUCCAACACCAAGCGCGCUGUUAUCAUGGGAAUGGACAUAAUUUUUGGCGGAGUUGAUUCGACAUCAAACACAGCAGGGAGCAUACUCUACUUGUUGGCGUGCAACCCUGACAAACAGGAAAAGCUGUAUCAAGAGCUGAAAGCAAUCGCUCCAGUAGACCCAAAUGAGGAUUUGAAUCCAGGACAUUUAAACAAUAUGAAAUACUUGAAAGCUUGCAUCAAAGAAGCUAUGCGAAUGAUUCCCGUCACUAAUGGAACUGUUCGAACUUUGCCACAAGACGUUGUGCUUGGAGAUUAUCUGAUUCCUAAAGACAAAGCCGACAUUUGGAUAUUCAAUAGCACUUUGUAUAUGCUUGAUGAGCACUUUCCCGACGCUGACAAGUUCAUCCCUGAGCGGUGGCUGCGUGAGGGCGAUAGUUGCCCUGUCAGAAAAGCCUCCGAGGCGCAUCCUUACACUUUUCUCCCGUUUGGCCGCGGCACCCGACAAUGCCCAGGAACUCGGUUCGUUAAAAUGGAAUUGGAAACAUUCAUUGCAAGAAUGCUGCUCGAGUACAAGUUGGAAUGGCACCAGCCUCCUUUGAAGUUUAUCAGCAAAAUCAUUCGCACUCCGCAAUCGCCUCUGAAAUUGACCGUUCUUGAUCGCAACAUUUAAUGUUAACUAUUCAGACAUGCAUUAAUAAAUAAAUUUAAUACUGCGUGCAUUUAUUAAUAAUAA